AUGAUUAAUCAUUAAGAUUAAUCUUCAUUUGAUGAUAAUCUUUAACAUUAAGAGAUGAAAUAAACAGCUCAAUUCUUUAACCCAAGAAAGAGUUCAUUGGUCUAAACUAUAAAAUUUUAAUAAAAGUAAUUAUAAAGAAUUGGGAUCAAAAGCCCAAAAGAAUAAGCUUUAAAACUAAACUUUGAUGAAAAAAAGAAUGUGUUAAGUUAAUAAGUUUAUGAAAAAAGAAAUUCUUAAACCUAUAAAUAAUUGGGAAAUGCAAAAUCAGUAUAAUAAUUUGUAUAAAAUCAAUACAUAACCCCUGUUCUGCACAAAUAUGGGUAUGAAGUGCUGCCUAAAUAGCUCUCCACCCAAAUUAUAAAAUGUUCCAUCAGUAAAACCUUUUUCUCCACCAUAACCAAAAUCUUCAAUAGAGCAUGUAGUUGUUACUUAAAAUAAUUCUGCUGCUCCCAACAUUUAAAAAAGUGGAAAAGACAAAUAAUUUUAGAUUCGAUAAACUACUGUUAAUGAAUUCAACAUUAGUAUGGCAGAUUUAUAGCCAAAUCAUAAACAUUUUACCACCAAACAAACUGAAGAAUAUGUAAAAUCAGAAUAUCCUUCCUAUUAAAAAUCUCUAUUAGAUAGUAGAUAAUCCAAAUUCAAUUCAGAAUAGAUGGAUUAAACUAAUUCAGAAGCCUUUCUUCCAAGGAUUAAUCCUUAGAAUUAAAAAAUUAACACAAAUUAAUUUAUAGGAUAUAGAUCGAUACCUUAAUCAUCAUAAUAAGAAACUGCUUUAAGAACUAAUUCUUCAAAAUAAACCAUUAAUCCUAUUAAUGAAUUUAUUAGUAUAUCUGAAGAAGAUAUUUCAAGAUAAUCUAGAACUGCUUAAUAUCUUAGAGAUUCUCUUGAAUAAUAAAAUUAAUAAAAAUUGGGUUUCAAAAUUAAUAAUAUUAAAUAGAAUGAUUAAUAAAAUCCUUAAUUACCUUUAAUUUAAUCACCCUAAUCAAGAGGAUUUAAACCUUUCUUAGAAAGAACACCUUAAAAAAAGAUUAUUGAUAGAUUAUUUUCAUCAAAAUCUGAUAAUAACCAACUUAUAUGA